AGAUGGGUCCCGGCAGAUCGAGAUCCAAGUCUCUCCUGGCAGUCAGAAGAAGCGCCCAAGAGCCCGCAGGAUGGAGAUGUACACCAAGGCAGAGACCCUGGAGCUGCGGAGGAAGCACAUCGGACCUUCAUGCAAGGUGUUCUUUCCAAAGGACCCCAUUAAGAUUGUGAGAGCUCAGGGGCAGUAUAUGUUUGACGAGAAUGGAGAAAAAUACUUGGACUGCGUUAACAAUGUAGCACAUGUUGGACACUGCCAUCCAGACGUGAUCAAGGCUGCAGUGAAACAAAUGGAGCUCCUCAACACCAAUUCUCGAUUUCUGCAUGACAGUCUAGUCCAGUAUGCCAAACGCCUCACUGCUACCCUUCCAGAGCAGCUCUCCGUUUGCUAUUUUGUGAAUUCUGGGUCUGAAGCAAAUGAUCUUGCUUUGCGCCUGGCUCGGCAGUACAGUGGCCACCAAGAUGUGAUUACCCUUGACCAUGCUUAUCAUGGCCAUGUUACCUCCUUGAUUGACAUCAGUCCAUAUAAGUUUAAUCAACUGGGAAAAGAUAGCAAAAAAGAAUUUGUGCAUGUGGCUCCUUCACCAGAUACUUACAGAGGAAAGUACAGAGAGGACCAUCCUGAUCCAGGAAGUGCUUACGCAGAUGAUGUGACAAAGAUUAUUGAAGAAGCCCAUAAGAACGGCCGCAAGAUUGCUGCCUUUAUUGCUGAGUCCAUGCAGAGUUGCGGAGGCCAAGUAAUUCCACCUGCAGGCUAUUUCCAGAAAGUGGCAGAAUCCGUUCACAAAGCAGGUGGUGUUUUCAUAGCUGAUGAAGUCCAAGUUGGUUUUGGUCGUGUUGCAAAAUGUUUCUGGGGAUUCCAACUGCAAGGGGAAGACUUUGUGCCGGACAUUGUCACAAUGGGGAAGCCAAUCGGCAAUGGCCAUCCCAUGUCUUGUGUAGUAACAACAAGAGAGAUUGCUGAAGCUUUUGGUGCCUCUGGAUUGGAAUACUUCAACACUUUUGGUGGCAAUCCAGUAUCCUGUGCUAUUGGUCUGGCUGUUUUGGAUAUAAUAGAAAAAGAGGAUCUCCAAGGGAAUGCCUCACGUGUUGGAAACUACCUCGUUCAGCUGCUGAAAGAACAAAAGGAAAAGCAUCCACUGGUAGGAGAUGUUAGGGGUGUCGGCUUGUUUGUUGGGGUAGAUCUUGUGAAGGAUCGGCAAAAAAGGACACCUGCCACUGCUGAGGCCCAGCAUAUUAUCUACAAGCUGAAAGAACAAAGGAUUCUUCUGAGCGCAGAUGGACCUUAUAGAAACAUACUGAAAUUUAAACCACCGAUGUGUUUCAGCAUGGAAGAUGCAAAACACGUAGUCAAUCAAAUUGAUGAGAUUCUCACAGACUUAGAAGAAGUGACCACAAGCAAUAUUGGAAAUGGAUUACCUACAAGCACACACUGUAAACGAAAAACACCUACUGAUGGGAGCAACCAUGAAAGCAACAGCCAUAUCAACAGGAACAGAUGCCGGCAAGAAAAUGGGUUUUGCACUGAAGGACAUAAAGUGCCUUGCAAAAGGAUCCGGACAUGAAGCACAACUUUCUGACGAGGAACAAGAAUAUAUGAUUGGGCGUGUUUAAGGAUGAAUGGAUAUUUCCUAAAAUUAGAUAUGAUACUACUAAUAAUAUCUGGUGUAACUGUAUUCAUUUAACUAGUUUUAAAAUUAGAGCCUGCUUGCAUACAGCUAGCAUAGCUGCCAUUGUGUGAAUUACCUUACUCAGAUUUUGGCUGAGCUGUCAUUUCGUGUUUGAAAUUUCAGUAUUCAGUGUUGAGAGGUUAAUAAUUUCCCAUGUUUUAAUGGCUGACACAUUGCGCUGGCCAGCAUUCUGCUGAGGUAGUUCAUGCAAAUGCUGAAAUAAAAUAUUGUACAAUUAAAAUUUUAUCUUGUAGAAAUCACGUGCAAGUAUCAAGUCGAUUCCGAUUUGCCGUGACCCUCACAUGGUACAAAGUGCUUUGAAAUUGUUUCCCAAACCUUUCUUCUGGUGGCUGUCUGGGACUGUGUAGAUUGUCCAAGGCUGCACAGGUGAGAGGGCAUGUAACCACUUUGCCACCCAUGCUCUGGGAUAACAUUGGCUGGUUCCUUUCCUGGGCGUCACAGUGGGAAUUUGAACUCCUGGGUCCACAGUCAGGUGCUCCAACCCACUAAGCUACACCAGCACAUUUAAAAUAAACUAGAAUUUUAAAAUCUGAAUUCUUGUCAUGGAAUUCUUAAUUGGAGGCGAGGAAAGAGUAAAUAUAAUCCUCAAUAAUUCCCUGUCUUCUCAAAAGGAUUUCAGCUUUUUUUGUUGUUUAGGACAUACAUACCUCUUACUUCCACAUGGGGUUUCCUUCCACAGCUAUAGGGAUGUGAAAGGUGGUGAUCUUGUUUCACAUUGUUGAAGAAUUUGAUGAUUCGCUGUAUAAUAUGACUGAACUUUGCUGUCUUUUUAAGGACUGAAACUGUAAACUACUGGUGUAUUUAGUUCUUUCUAGUUCUGUAUAUAUGUUUUGUCUUUGCUCUUAUCAGCAUUCUUUAUGAACUCUGAUACAAUGCCAGUUUAUCAUUUUCCAGUGGUCAUUGUGCAUUCUGGAGAAUAAAGCUAUUU